AUGUCUAACAAAAAGAUCAUCCUCAUAACUGGUGCCAACCAAGGAAUUGGGUUUGACACUAGCAUAGCUCUCGCCUCUGCAUAUCCAGAAAACCAUGUUAUCAUCGGUUCUCGGAGCCAAGAGCGGGGUAUGAAGGCGGUAGAAGCAGUCCGCGCCCGCAACCCAGCCGGCACAGUGAGUUUGCUGCAACUGGACAUCACCAGCGACGACUCCAUCAAGGCUGCCGUUGACAGCCUCACCACUGAGUUUGGCGUGCUUGACGUGCUUGUCAACAACGCCGGUAUUGCCAUCACGCAACCUAAGGACCGCCGUUCGGAACUGCUCGAUACAUUCAACACCAACGCUGCCAGCGCUCUCAUCCUCACCGAAGCACUAGUCCCAUUGCUCAAGAAGUCCAAGGAUCCACGCAUCAUUAACGUGUCAAGCGGGUUGGGAUCGAUUUCCGACCGCGUGGACCCUGAGUCGUCGUAUUACAACGCCCCCGCCGAGGCGUAUCGCAUCUCCAAGGCGGCCCUCAACAUGGCCACGGCGCAUAUGGUGUACGAGUUCAAGAGCUGGGGUGCCAAGGUGUGGGCGUACUGUCCCGGCUAUGUUGUGACCAACCUGUCGGGAGAAAGCGAUAGGCAAAACAGAAUCAAUAACGGUGCAGACAGCUCCGAGACCAGUGCGCAGGGCAUACUUGAGAUUGUGGAGGGGAAGCGAGAUGGAGAGGUUGGCAAGUUCAUUGCUCGGUUCGGGGGGCAGUACAACUGGUAA